AUGAAAAUCCUGCAUUUUCUCACUUUACUGCUUUGGCAUUUGACUUGGCUGUCUCUGGAUCUAGUUUCUGGAGCACUGAGUAAUUCUGAAGCAGGCCAGAGUAAUCCAGGAUCUAAACUAGGUUUUCUAAAAGCAGAAGGAAAAGAGAGGAAUCCCUCAGCACGGGCAGUUACGCUGAGGACUGCGAGCCAUGGAUAUAGUACUGGGACCUCAAAGGCUAGGACUAAAAGCAGUGCUGUUCAGGCUGGAGCUGUGCUGGCCAAGAAUGAUGAAUCAAAGAAGGUUCUCUCAAGAACAGCAGCCACGGAGGGCAAGGUAGGACAUCUCCCCAGCAGACCUUCUGGAGUAAGGACAGUGACUCCAAAGGUUCAAAAUCUUAGCAGCAAGGUGGCUGUGAAAAAAACUGGCACAAGCAUUGACACUGAUUCUUUCAAAACCAAAAAGCCUAAAGAGCCUGUAACCCAGAGGGAAGCUAAGGAAACUUUCAGACAUCCCCCUAUAACGCCACAUGAAUACAUGCUCUCUUUGUACAGGACUCUCUCAGAUGCAGAAAGAAAAGGUGUUAAUGGAAGUGUAAAACUGGAGGCUGGACUUGCCAAUACAAUAACCAGCUUUAUAGACAAAGGACAAGAUGAACGAGCACCAACUAUAAGAAAACAAAAAUACAUUUUUGACAUCAGUGCAUUAGAAAAAGAUGGUUUGCUGGGAGCAGAGCUUCGAAUAUUGAGGAAGAAACCUUCUGACACAUGGAAGUCUCAUUCUUCUGGAAAAACCUCCCAAGUGAAAUUAUUUAGUUGCUCUACAAACAGACAAGCGGCAACACUCCUGGACUCUCGUACUGUCAGUAUCACAGAUACACCAAAGUGGGAAGUGUUUGACAUCUGGAAACUUUUCAGAAACUUUAAAAAUUUGGUUAACUUGUGUUUUGAACUGGAAACUUUUGACAGGGGGAGAGCUGUUGAUCUCAGGAGCGUGGGAUUUAAUAGAACGGGAAGACAAGUCAAUGAGAAGGCUCUCUUCUUGGUAUUUGGGAGGACAAAAAAAAGAGACUUAUUCUUCAACGAAAUCAAAGCUAGAUCUGGCCAAGAUGACAAGACUGUUUAUGAGUACUUGUUCAAUCAGAGGCGGAAGAGAAGAGCUCCUCUAGCAACACGCCAAGGGAAGAGGCCCACUAAGAACCCGAAGGCAAGGUGCAGCCGAAAAGCCCUUCAUGUGAAUUUUAAGGACAUGGGCUGGGAUGACUGGAUAAUAGCCCCUCUGGAGUAUGAAGCGUAUCACUGCGAAGGACUCUGUGAAUUCCCCCUUCGAUCCCACCUGGAGCCCACCAACCAUGCAGUUAUCCAAACAUUAAUGAACUCGAUGGACCCAGAAUCAACACCCCCGACUUGCUGUGUCCCAACCAGGCUGAGUCCUAUCAGCAUUCUUUUCAUUGACUCUGCAAACAACGUGGUCUACAAGCAGUAUGAGGACAUGGUGGUGGAGUCGUGUGGUUGUAGGUAGCAUAACAGUUGCUCA